GUGCGUGACGCCCUUUAUCGGAAGUGGCUGCAGACGCGCUUUUUAACACCUGUGCUCGUGAUGUGGAAGAACUGGGUCGUAAUGGACGUCUCCGUCGCCUUUUAACGCUUUGAGCGACUUUUCUGUAGCGACGCGGAGCGGAAGACGGCGGAGGGCGCGAUGCUGGCGCUGUGCUGCUCGCUCCUGGUCGUCAUGUCGGCGGCUGCGGCGGCUAAGAGCGACGGAGACGAAGACUGGGUUCAUCUUCCCAACAGAUGUGAAGUCUGUAAGUUCGUCAGCAUCGAGAUGAAGUCGGCGUUCGACGAGACGGGCAAGACCAAGGCGGUCAUCGAAAGCAACUACAACUUCAUAGACGGGAAGGGGGCGCCGCCGGUGAAAUACGUCAAGUCAGAUCUGCGGUUCAUCGAGGUGGUAGAAAACGUGUGUCAGAGGCUCCUGGAGUACAACCUGCACAAAGAGAGGUCCGGCAGCAACCGCUUCGCCAAGGGCAUGUCAGAGACCUUCUCCACCCUCCAUGGCCUGGUGAAUAAGGGGGUGAAGGUGGUGAUGGAUAUUCCCUACGAGCUGUGGAACGAGACGUCUGCAGAGGUGGCCGACCUCAAGAAACAGUGUGACGUGAUGGUGGAGCAGUACGAGGACGUGAUUGAGGAGUGGUACAAAGGCAGCCAGGAGGAGGACCUGACCACCUACCUGUGUGACAGACAUGUGCUGAAAGGAGGCGACAAAGCCUGCCUGAGUGAGGACUGGACUCCCACCAGAAAAGGAGACCAGGCGGCCAUAGCAGAGGACAAGAAGAAGAAGAAGAAAAAGAAGGGGGGCAAGAAAGGAGGCGAGAAGGGAGAUGGGAGCUCAGACGGCGAGAAGGCCACCAAGAAGAAGAAGGAGAAGAAGAAGGCGAAGAAGAAGAAAAAGAGCAAAGCGCUGGUGGAGAAGACGGACGGGGGGCUGACGUCGGACGAGGAGAUCCAGCCGCAGGUGCCUCUCUCUGGGCCGAAGACGGAGCUGUGAGCCCCGGGACGUCCGUCUGGACCGCUUACGGUUCAAAGUCCUUUAAUUCAGGAUGCUCUCGUUGUUUUAGGUGUCGGCCUCCGUCUGACGGCCAACCCUGAUUUUAACUUUAAAGUAAAUUUGUACCUCUUUGCUUCCUUCUGUACGUCCACCGGUCGCUAUGGAUGCGUUUAAGUUUAGGGGCUGCUAUGGAUUCAUUCCAUCGUUUGAUGAAAUGAUUAAACAAAGUUCAUCUCCAGUGGUUUCUAACAACAGGAAUCUAUAUCUGGUCACUCUUUGGUGUUUUCGGACAAUGACCAUUCAUAUCAUCAUUAAACCCUGAAAAGGCCCAAAAUUAUAUGACAUCAUGUGUGUCUCAGCCUCCUUUAGAGUAAAGUCAUCAGGGAAGUCAUUUAUGGAUAAAAAUUAAAUUAAGUCUACUACUUAUAGACCAUAGUUUCAUUUUUGAAGGCUUUUCUGAAUGUAAUCUUGGGGAAAUGAAAACUAAACUUUCGCAGUGUCUGAACACCUUUAAUUUUUAGGACAGAGUCCAGAAAGUAACCUUUAACGACAUGAACCCUGCAGCACGUUGUGAAACCUCCUGUUUUUUUCCUGUUUUGUGACGCAGACUUCCUGAAGGAACCUGUCGGUUCCCUGUUACCGUGGCAUAUACCUUCAUUUUGUUCCUUCUGAUGUCCGAGGCGGCGGCGCUCAGGCCUCUGUGUGUGUGUGAUGUACAGAAGCUGAUAUUUAAGGCGUGUGCGCUUCGUACAGCUUUUGCAUUUUUUCCCCUGGUGCGUUUGUAUUUUUACAAGAUUUCUACUCUGAAGUUAGAUGCUGUGGUUGAUGUAUUGCAGCUGGAGCUUAUUGAACGUGUGCAAACACAUCAUUGGAUGAAUUAAACUCAGUAUUUUGCCUCGUU